AUGGAUAUUCACCAAAGACGUCCGCAGGCCGUGGUUCUGCCAAUUUUAUCAUUCUUCUCCAUUGCUCUGGCUAUUCCGCCGUUAAUCUUGCAUGGGAAGAAUCGCAAUUUCCCAGCUACCAGUCUGAUAUUCUGGUCAAUUCUCCUCAACUUGUUCAACAUCAUCAAUUCCUUCAUAUGGCCCACGGACGACGUGGAGUCGUGGUGGGAUGGAGCUGGUCUCUGUGAUAUCGAGGUCAAGUUUAUGGCUGCUGGAUAUGUGGGCGUCCCAGGAAGUCUGGCAUGUAUCUUUCGAAGUCUUGCAAUUGUACUGGAUACAGAUCGGGCCACCUUAGUCCCGAGCAAAGGUCAACGCUGGCGCAAUCAGUUCAUGGAGAUUCUAUUCUGCGUCGCUGUUCCAAUCAUCGCAAUGAUCACACAAAUUAUCUGGCAGAAGAGUCGAUACCUACUGUUUGCCAUCUCAGGAUGUGUGAACAGCUUUGACGAGAGCUGGGUCAGUCUCGUCUUUGCAUGGAUCUGGCCGCCAAUUAUCUGCCUCAUUGCUGCAUACUAUUGCUGCCUAGUCCUCAUCCGCGUACACAAGUAUCGAAGCGACUUCGCAAACAUCCUCCGCGCUUCCAGCAGCAAUCUUAGCAAAUCCCGCUUCCUCCGCCUCUUCUUUCUCGCCCUAUCAAUGCUCGUCUGCAUCCUCCCAUUACAAGGCUACGUCGUCUACGCCGACAUAGUACUCUCCCUCCCCUGGCACACCUACUCCUGGAGCGCAAUCCACAACAGCACAUGGAACAUCAUCUCCAAAAAUCCCAUCGACGGCACCGUCUUCUUCGACCGCUGGACCCCCGUCGCAUCAGGCUUCAUGAUCUUUAUCUUCUUUGGCUUCGGCCGGGACGCAACACGCAUGUACCGCACAGCCUUCUGGUACCUCGGUCUGAGCUCAUGUUUCCCGAGCAUGGAGCCUCCAACAAAUACACACAGCACACCACCACCCGGACACGCCUCAACGGCAACCACCCUUGUUGGCAGUAUCGGCUCCCGUGCUAAAUCACUAUUCUCCCGCCAGAAGGAAUGCGUUGCUACUUUUAUCUCGACACAUGGCACAUACAAUGAUCUUGAAAAGGGCACCUUGCGUGUUUCUUCGCGCUUGUCUCGCAAUAGUGACCCCAGAUUGAUUAAGAAGUCUCACUGGAGUAGCUUGCCCUGGUCGCUCUUUAACAGACGUCGGGCUCGGGAGGAUAUUGAUGGGACUCUGUUGACUGACCUACCUAUCCCCUCGCUGACUGUAUCCACGAAUGCGUGGGCUAGUCGUCGUGAUAGUCGGGACUUGUCUAGUGGGCCUACUUCACCGGAGCUUAAUAGGGAUUUAAUUCAUGUGCGGCAGGUUAUAAGCCAGCAGAGUGAGGUUAGGGUUCAUGUCUAG